AAACAACCCUUGAUCUGUUUUUGUUAUUGGAAACAGGAUGUUGCUGUGAAGCAGCUAAACAGGAAUGGGUUUCAAGGAAAUCGCGAAUUUCUUAUUGAGGUGUUAUUAUUGAGCCUUUUGCACCAUCAAAACCUUGUCAAUUUAGUAGGCUAUUGCACAGAAGGUGUUCAAAGAAUAUUGGUUUAUGAAUAUAUGGCAAAUGGCUCCCUUGAGGAUCACCUUCUCGAUCAUUUGGCUCAAAAUAAGAAGCCUUUGGAAUGGAGCAACAGGAUGAAGAUUGCUGAAGGUGCAGCAAGAGGAUUAGAAUAUUUGCAUGAAACCGCCGAUCCACCCGUGAUCUAUAGGGACUUCAAGGCGUCCAACAUUCUCUUGGACGGAGAAUUCAACCCAAAGUUAUCUGACUUUGGACUGGCGAAGCUCGGUCCAACUGGGGACAAGACCCAUGUCUCGACCAGAGUGAUGGGAACCUACGGCUACUGUGCACCUGAAUACGCGUUAACCGGACAGUUAACGACAAAAUCAGAUGUUUAUAGCUAUGGAGUUGUGUUCUUGGAGAUAAUAACGGGAAGGAGAGUUAUUGAUAAUUCAAGACCUAGUGAAGAACAGAAUCUUGUCACAUGGGCACAACCGUUGUUUAAGGAUAAGAGAAAAUUUAGUUUAAUGGCAGACCCAUUGUUAGAAGGAAAGUACCCAAUAAGGGCAUUGUAUCAAGCUCUUGCAAUCGCAGCCAUGUGCCUGCAGGAAGAGGACGAUGCUCGGCCGCUAAUCAGCGACGUGGUGACCGCACUCGAGUUUUUGUCUUCCGGCGAUAAAGACGAGGAUGGAGAUGAUGAGGAUGAAGCAGAAUGAAGGAGGGCUGCUUUAUUAGGGUUCCUUGUUUGAGCUCAGUUGUCAAAUUUUAGUUUAGGGUUUGUUUUUGAGCUUAACACCUCAUGAGGCGGCGACGGCGGCGGCGAUGAUGAUAGCUAAAUGGGAGUUUUAUUUAUUUAAUUAUUUUUGUUGGCGGACGCUGCCGCCUGCCGGCGAUUGUAUUAUAGAAGCAGAAAAUGAACGGGUAAACUGGGAUUUUGUUCUUUUAGCAUAAUUGUGAUCUGUGUAAAUAUGGGUGUUGUAACAUUUUUUUUUAUAUUUAGGUUUUGCUC